CUUCUUUCAUCUUCCCGCCUCCCUAUCACGGCCCACUCCGUCGCUUAUCCGGUCUCCAUCGCGUUGGCGCUCCAUCGCUUCGUCCUCUGGUACUUGGUCUUCGUUCCUCAGCUGCUGUUCUUUCCUCGGCUUUGCCUCCGUCUUCACUUCGUCACUUCCUCCGCCGCCACUCCCCGUGAAAGCUGUUUUUUAGAGGAAAGCCAUGAGGAAACUGAAGUUUCAUGAGAAGAAGUUAUUGAAGAAGGUGAAUUUCUUAGAGUGGAAGAGAGAAGGAGGUCACAGAGAAAAUCAUGUUAUUCAACGCUAUCAUAUUACUGGACGUGAUGAUUACAAGAAAUAUUCAAGUCUGUGCCGGAUGGUGCAAAAGUUAGUAAACAUGCUGAAGCAAAUGGACCCAAAAGAUCCAUUUCGGAUUGAGAUGGCUGAUAAGCUCUUAGAAAAGCUGUACAAUAUUGGCGUGAUUCCAACCAGGCAAAGCAUUACACUUUGUGAUCGUCUAACAGUGUCAUCCUUUUGUAGGCGUAGGCUUGCAACUGUUUUGGUGCGAUUAAAAUUUGCCGAGUACUUGAAAGAAGCUGUCACAUACAUUGAACAGGGGCAUAUAAGAGUUGGUCCAGAGACAGUCACUGAUCCUGCAUUCCUUGUAACCAGAAAUAUGGAAGACUUUAUCACAUGGGUGGAUUCAUCGAAGAUAAAGAGAAAGGUUCUACAGUACAAUGACAAAUUGGAUGACUAUGAUCUAAUGAACUGAGGCAUGGAUUUGGACAUCGCCGUAACAGCCAACUGCUUCAGAGUUGAACUGUUGAGUUUUUUUUUUUUUUUUUUGGGGUUAGGAAAAAAUACAAGGUAGAAUUUGGAGGGAUGGGGUACGGAUUGAAUGCCAGCAUGGGUUGUAUUGAAUUUGUUGGGGCUUUUUUUUUUUGGGUAUUUAUGUGUCGAAUUUUUGGUCUUUCGGUAAUCAAGCUUGAUAUCUAAGCAUUCGGUUAUAGUACAAAUUUGCCCAUGAAGUUUCCAUCCAGAUGCACCUCAUAUUUUAAAGUAUUUUGUGGUACAA